AAAGGAUUGAUUGAUGGAAUGAUUGAAUGAAUGAUCUUGUACCGUAGAUAACUGGGGGUUUUUUUCUUUGUAUUUUUUUUUCGAAAAAAAAACAACAAAAAAACAAAAACGAAUUCACUUAAAAGGAUUAUCAAUCUGGCACAUUAUUCAAUCCAAUUUUAUUGUUGUAAUGAAUGAAUUAGAUGAAUCCUUAACAACUAAUCAACAGAAAUCAAAUUAUCUACGUUUUCAUAAACCAUUUCAUGCACAAAUAGCUAAAACAAGCGCUUUAUGUUAUACAUGGAUUUCUUUAGGAUUAUAUAGUGAAAUAUUAGGUCCAACAUUACCUACUCUUAUGUAUAAUACAAAAUCGAAUUAUGAACAAAUUGGUAUGGCAUUAUCAACAAGAGGAAUUGGUUUAUUAUUUGGUUCAUUAAUUGGUGGAAUAUUAUCAGAUCGUUAUAAAUCAUUACGUAGUCUAUUUAUCAUGUUAUCAUUAAUAAUUGGUGCUAUAACAACAUUAAUUAUACCAUGGUGUAUAAAUAUAAUUAUAUUAACAAUUAUAUUAUUUAUAGCUGGAUUCUCACAUGGUUUCUUAACAACAAGCGGUAAUCCACUACUUGCUUCUGUUUGGGAAGAAAAAGCAGCUGGACCAUUUAGUUUAAUGCAUUCCGGUUAUGGUAUGGGAGCAGCAUUAGCUCCUUUAUUAGUGAAACCAUUUACAAUUCCUUCAACUUCAGUUAAUAAUACUACAAAUAAUAAUCAUUCCUUAGCAACAAAUAUUGCUACUAAACAAGAUAAUUCAACUGAAUUAGUGAUUGUCAAUGCUGUGAUACCUUAUUCAAUCGUUGCUGGAAUUGUAUUAUUUUGUGUAUUUUAUUUUUUAAUAAUUAUGUGUAUUGACCAUUCAACGGAUCCAGAACACAAUGGAAUUAUGUCAUUAAGAAAUAAUAACAAUACCAAGAUUACCUCAUCAUCAUGGAAACAAUUUUUUACUAAGAAACAUUUAUUCCAUUCUAUUAAAUUCAUUCAAUCUAUCAUUUGUCAAAAAUGUCAUACAAUUAAAAAGAUUCAUUUAAUUAUUAUUAGUUGUACAUUUAUAGCAUUCUUUACAAUUGUUGGCAAUGAACGUGUAUUUGGUAAAUUUAUGUUUACUUAUGCAUUAUAUGGUCCUAUACAAUUAAAUAUUAAAGAUAGUUAUAUUAUUAAUCUUAUAUAUUGGUUAUGUUUUUGUUUAGGACGUAUCUUAUUAUUUCUAUUAGCAUUAUGGAUUAAAGCUACUAUAUUAUUAUUAGUAUUAUGUAUUGGUACAUUAUGUAGUUCAAUUGGUUUAAUUCUAUUACCUUAUGAAAAAUUAUGGUUUUAUUUAUGUACAAUAUUAUUUGGUUUAUUUAAAAGUCCAUUAUUUCCAAUUACCUUAGCAACUAUUAAUUAUUCAUAUGAAAUUAAUGGUUUUUUAAUUAUUAUAGUAAAUUUUGGUAGUUCAUUUGGUGCUACAUUAUUACAAUUUAUUACUGGUUAUUUAAUACAUCAAUAUGGACAAAUUAUAUUUCCAUAUUUAGUAACUAGUACAUCAUUAUUAUUAUUAAUUACAUCGAUUAUAUUAAUAUUAAGUUUAUUACAUAUUGGUAAUCGAUUUAAACAUUUAAAUCAUAUGAUAAUUGAUACAAUGAAUGAAUCAAUCAAUGAAAAUAAUCAAUACACUACUAAUACUACUAACACUAAUACUACUAAUAAUAAUAAUGAUAAUGAUAAUAAUACAUCUCCUAUAACCAUAUUACCAAGAUCAAAAGUGAUUCAGUCGAAAUUCAAUAAACAAAUCAAUUCGAUCAAUAAUAAUAAUGAAAAAUUAUAAAAUUUGAAAUGAUUGAUUUAUUGAUUUUUUUUCUUCAUUUUUUUUUAUUCUUUCAUAUUGGAUAAUCAAUAAUUAUGAAUGAUGUAAUCGUAGAGUUCGUAUAUAGAAGAGAGAAUUUUCUAGGUGAAUAAAAUUAUUGAUUUUUAUUUUGAAUUUUUUUCUUUUUUUUUAAAAAAAAGAAACAACUAAACAAACAGUAUUUCAUUUUUAUUAUUAUUUACUUACUUACUUUACUUACGCCUGUUACUCUUGAUGGAGGAUAGGCCGCCGACCAGCAUUCUCCAAUACACUCUGUCCUGGGACUUUCUUCCUAAUUCCAUCCAAUUCUUGUUCAUUUUUCUCAUGUCUAUAUCCAUUUCUCGGCGUAUUGUGUUCUUUGGUCUUCCAUUUCUCCUCCUUUGGCCUUGAGGAUUCCAUGUGACGGCUUGUCUUGUGACGCAGUUGGAUGUUUGUCUCAAUGUGUGUCCUAUCUUUAUUAUUAUUCAAUAAAAAAAAAUUAAAGAGAAAAAAUUGGAAAAAAAGGAAAUUUCAUAAAAUCUAUAAAAAAAAAUCUCAUUUCUCAUUACGUAUUCAAUUAAUUUUUUUCUUUUUCUUUACUUGUUUUUCUUUGUUUUUUUGAAAAAAAAGAAAAAAAAUUCUUUUUCUGUGAUCUCGGUGUAAUCAUGUUAUAUUGUUAUUUCAUUGAAAUAAAUUAUCUUUGAAAUUGAUGGUGA